ACAUUAGAAAAUUCUCACACACCACAUUAAAAAAAAUGAAUAUAAGUUUGUGACAUAUUUUCUCUCUCAAAAACACAGUAUAGCAUCCUUUCAUGGAGACGAGACCCCACUCUUUCCUUUUUCCUUUUUCCUUUUUCCUUUUUCUAGUGCCAAAAACUGACCUCCAUCCUUCUUCUCCCCCUCCUUUUCGCUCUCUCCACUUUUGCCCUCCCUACAAACCCUAAUUUCUUCAUCCAAUUGUUCAAAAUUCUGCCGUUGGAUUUUUCUAUUUUUUGUUGUUUUAUCAAGUUUGAGAAAAAUCCAAUGGAUUCAGCAAACAGCGGAAGCCUACAAUCAUCCAGCGGCGGCGACGACGAGUACGACUCACGCGCCGCCGACUCCGUCUUCAUCAGCGCUAACACCGCCGCGCUGGAGCCGCUCCCCGGCUACCACCAGCACCUCCACCAGAAUUCGAUUCCAUUUUCUACCAAUCUGCAGUGGCCCAACCCGAUCGGGAUUUUCCCCUUCGCUGCGGCGGCGGAGGGCGGCUCCGCUGCCGCACAGCCGAUCGUUCAGCAAUCGGCGGCGCGGAACCCGAAGAAGCGGUCCCGAGCGUCGAGGCGCGCGCCGACCACCGUGCUCACCACGGACACCACCAAUUUCAGAGCCAUGGUGCAGGAAUUCACCGGAAUUCCGUCGCCUCCUUUCAACAAUUCCUCUUCUUUCCCGAGGAGCCGCCUCGAUUUCUUCGCCUCCAGAUCCACCCAUCCUCCGCCCUACCUCCGCCGUCACCCUAACACCAGCGCCGCCGCAGCCGCCGCCUCCACCACAAUUAACCACCACCACCACCUCCCAAAUCUCUUCAACAUUCCGAAUCAAAAUCAAAAUCAAAACAAUCUCACGUCUCUCCUCCUAACAAGCCCCAAAUUUCCGUUUGCCACGUCAGCAAAACCCCAAAACUCAUUCGAUCUUAUCCAAAACGACGAUCGAUUCGGUGUUAGCCAUCACAAUCAAGGAUCGGAAAUCCUCCUUCCCAGCCUAAUCCCCUCCGAUCACAGCCACAUCCACAGCGGCGGCGCGGCGAAGUGGGAAAUUGGAGGGAAAAUCGGCUACGAUUUCGAGAGGAGCGAAAUUGGAGGGAAAAUCAGCGCGGCGGAGAACAACAACCACAACGCCGCGGCGGCGAGGGGAGAAGGUAUGGUGGAAUCGUGGAUUUGUUCAUCAGAGUAGUAGAGGCAUGAUUGUAGUGUAGAAAAUUGUGGUGGUGGAGCGAUGAUGAUGAUGAUGAUGAUGAUGAUGAUGAUGAUGAUGAUGAUGAUGAUGAUGAUAGAUUAUUCAAAUAAUGAAAGAGAGUAGAGUGAUAUUUCAUCAUCAUUUUUAAUCUUUCUUUUUAAAAAAAUGGGGGGAGGGUUAGUAUCUUUUUAAAUUUAAAUUAUGUGUAAAUAAUAGCCAUCUUUUUUUAUAUCUUUGUUGAUUGUUUUCACAUUUGCGGUUUAGUAUGAAUAUAUAUAAAAGAAAUUAGAAUCA